AAAAUUAAGGACAAAAUUUACAAACUUGAAUAACAUGCCUACAAAUUGAUAUUAGAUAUCGGUUCACCAAAUCUAGGGAUUUCUCGUUAGGUUAUUAUAUAAGGCGGCUGGGAUCGGAACGGGUUGAGAUAGAUUUGUCGAUGGCGCAAAAGAUGCCUGAUUGGUCGGAAAUUCCACUUGAUCUGUUGGUUUCGAUAGGUAGAUGUUUGAAUCUGAUUGAAGACUACCUGAAUUUUGGCUCUGUCUGCAAAUCCUGGCACUCUGUGGCCACCAAGAACAAUUUUAACAAUGACUUGUGUAGAGCUCCUUGGCUAAUGCUAGCGGAGGAAGAGGAUAAUGAGGUUCGGAAAUUCUUCAGCCUCUAUAAUGGCAUGAUUUUGAACAAGAGGAUCCCCAAAGCUAGCAGAAAACGAUGUUUGGAGUCUAUGGGUUGGCUUAUCACGGUAGGAGAAGAGGGUGAAAUUAGUCUGCUACAUCCCUUCUCUGGUGUUCAGAUUGAAUUACCCCAUCAAAAUACAACAGUAGACUACCUCAAUCAUGAGAUUGACCCACGGACUUGCUUUAUUGGCUGUCUAUUAGUUUGUGAUGUUGCUGAUGUUGUUGGCCCUGAACUCACUAAAUGUCAUAUUCUAGCUCAGAUACCAACGGAACCUCAAGAUAUGCCAGAGCACGUAUACAUUCUAGAAUCACUAGGAUCAUUAUUUGUAAUUGCGCGAUAUGGUGUUCAACUUAGGUUAGUCCAAGAUGAUUGCGACAGGGUUCCAUUAACGAUCAUCCCAAUCAUACAAAUCAUCCAAGAAGAAGAAGAAAUAAGAGAAGAUAUGGUUUGUGAGGAUAUAACAUAUGGGACAACAAAUUUUCGAGUUUUCCAGGUUGAUUUAGCUGCUGUCAAAAUGACAGAAACCAGGGAAUUAGGGGACGCAGCUUUUUUUCUAGGUGCUAAUGCCUCUCUUUCAGUCCAAGCUUCUCGAUGUCCAGGAAUCAAGCCCAAUCAUAUUUAUUUUACAGAAGAUUUUUAUGAAACAUACCUCUCCUAUGAAGAAGGAGGAGGCUUGGACAUGGGGGUGUUCAACUUAGCAGAUGGCAGCAUCCAGCCGCACUACAACGGUGUUUCCCUUAGUCGUUUUUGUCCUCCAACUUGGGUAACACCAACUCCGUAUUGAGUCAUACAUACUCAUCCUUUAUUUAUUCUGUUUGUUAGGUUACUUUUUAAGCUUUUAAUUUAAAUAAUUACUGUCAUUUACUUUCAAAACUGGUUGAUGUACCUUUCUUAUUUUCAUAUAAUUGGACAAAAUAUAACCAAUUCGUUAUUAUACUUCCGCUACUGGAAAUUGUUCAAGAUCUAAUGAUCCUCAACUGGAUAGAUGAACUUUUCUUUCUUCUUCUUCUUUUCCUUCCUGUAAUGAACUGAAGAGAAAGAAGUUGCCCGACCUGAUAUUGAGAUGUAGUCACCAUUAUACAAUUUAUAUAAAACUGAAAGUUAUAAUUUUAUAUAAAACUGAAAGAAUUAGGCGGUGUUACCAUCCUCUACCUGUCUAUAGAAAAGAAGGAGAGUAUACGAUGCUUUCUCUUACUAUGCUUUAAUUUUUUAAGUGUUUUGAAACUAAUUCUUCAACUGCUUGAAGUCCUAAUAUAGUGAGUUUCGCGCAGAAAGACCAAAAUAUAUGACGUAGAUGUGUGUGAUGAUUGAAGAGACUGUCUAGUGAUGCUUCCUUUGAAUGUAUCCCCUCUGAAUCCUCUUCUUGAUAUAUAUAUAUUUUAUUAUAUAUCCUUUGAACUUAUCCAACCCAUCCCAGUGACCGAUGUUUCAACAGCUUCGACCUUGUAAGAACUUUCAUGUAUUCCUUCCCCAGCAUAUCUAGCUGUAGCUUAAAGUAAAUCCUUGAAUCUCAAUUUCUUCCCCAAGAGAAACUGAGAAAAGUUGAUGAGACCUGUUGUGAACUCUGUGAGUGACUUUGCAGAGAGAAUAUUAUUUGAGGGAUUCAGGUGGAGUGUGGGCGUGCUUAGUGCCUGAAAAUACAACUUGUUAUAACUAUAGGAGAAGUCCGUAGAGCAUAUUCAGACGGAAGUUGCGAUUUCAAUCUUUGCUCUAAGCCUCUUCUGUUUCUCAAUCUCAAGAGACAACCCGUGUCUUUGGAGGAGGGUGUAUAGUGGGGCGCUGAGUUGUUCGAGGUGGCAGAACAUCCAGCACAUAUGACUAAGGUGAGCCUACGCAAUUCCUGUUUGUAAGAGUCGUGAAAGCACAAGAUUUGCCUUCUAAAGAUACCACAGGAAGUCUUGAGAUGGUUUAUAUUGUUAGAGGUAACCGUUUGAUUUCACUUUUCUUAUGUUGUACAACAACAAUAUAUAGUUGUCGUUUUACAACAAUAAUAUGUAGCAUACCUUGCUUGAUUUCCAUUUUUAUCUUUGAAGUCACUUUUUAUUCCCAUCAACUUACACCAAGUAUCCCAACAAAAGACUGUUAUCACUGAUAUCUCAUUCGGAGGAAGAGAGACAACAAAUCAAACUGGAAAUUAUCUAGCAAGAAAUUUUUGAAAAUUCGGAUCUUAAAGGAAUAGAAAUCUCAUAUGAAAGCUAAUAAGUUGAAGGCAUUACAGAGAGCUGCUGCUUCAACAGCUCUUAUCAAGUGUGCUUGAUGGUUACUACAAAGAGCAUAGAACAGCUUUGUAAGUUAUUGGUAUAUCUUUUUCUAUUGUAAAAGUGUUAGUGGCAAAGUUUUCACUAAAUGCUUGUAUACACUUUAUUUUUGAAUGUUUACAGACUUACAGAAAUGAUAAGUUUUUCCAUGUUUGCACGAAUCGAAGAUUAACAAUAUGAGUAA